UUUCUUCAUAAUAAAAUCAUAAACAUAGGAAAACCCAUUUUGGUGUCCAUAAACAGAUAAGUAGUGGUAUACAGUAGAUGUUUCCCUUUACAAUAUGGGCGCAUAACCUUCCUGACAAAUACUUGGACUACCCUGCCAGUUUAUUCUAACAGCAGUACGUGAUGCAGGACAGAAAGAGAGAUGAAACAGCCCUAGCUGCAUUCUCCAGGCAGCUUCCCCUUUUCCCUGCACUGAGCCGGAGAGGCGAGGGAGGGCACUUUGUCAAAGACAGGGAGGGACUCUUAUUUUCACUUCCUCAUUCACCCUGUUCAAGCUCUAGAGAGAAUUGCUCAUCUUAUAGGGUGUCUGUACUGUUUAUCACAAACAAGAAGAAGCUGAACCUGAAACGAAAGGAUGUUGACCUGUUUGCCAUCUCUCUUAUCUUUCUUUCUGUGGCCUGUGGUACUUUGAAAAGGAGCUGCAACAACUGUGGUGGAUGGGCAUAGUGGAGAUGGAAGACAGAAGGAGGAUGAGCUACCGGCACGUUCAUGGCCAAGUAGAAGAGGAGCUCCAGAACUUAGAGUGGUAUCAUGACAAUCUCACACGUCAUGCAGCAGAAGCUCUUCUUCUUUCCAAUGGUACUGAUGGAAGCUAUCUCCUGAGAAAAAGCAAUGGCAAGACUACUCUUUUUUCUCUUUCUGUAAGAGCAAAAGAUUCUGUAAAGCAUUUUCACGUGGAAUACACAGGGAAUUCAUACAAGUUUGGCUUCAACGAAUUUUCAGAUUUGAAAGACCUGAUCAUGCAUUUUGCGAAUCAGCCUCUAAUAGGUAGUGAGACAGGGACUUUGAUUGUAUUGAAGCAUCCAUAUCCCAAGAAAGUAGAAGAGCCUUCCAUUUAUGAAUCUGUACGAGUCCACACCGCUAUGCAGACCGGAAGGACAGAAUUUGACCUCAUUCCCAGUGCUCCAUCGUUAGGGACUAAAGAAGGUUAUCUAACAAAGCAAGGCAAAAUAGUUAAGAACUGGAAAACUAGGUGGUUUACAUUGCAUAGGAAUGAGCUGAAAUACUACAAAGAUCAAACGUCCACAGAGCCAAUCAGAGCACUGGAUUUAACUGAAUGCUCAGCAGUACAGUUUGACUAUUCCCAAGAGAAAGUGAAUUGCUUUUGUUUAGUAUUUCCAAUGCGGACAUAUUAUCUGUUUGCAAAGACUGGAGUAGAAGCAGAUGAGUGGAUUAAAAUAUUGCAGUGGAAACUGUCCCAGAUAAGGAAAAAACGCCAGCCUGAUGCCACACUCAGGCCAUAGUAAUUUUGGUUUCAAAUCUAACUGCACGGCAAUCAACAUCGGUUCAUAUUCAUACUCCCUUCAGAUUCGUUAUUCAGCAUUAAGAAGUGCUGCACCAGAUCAGAUCAAAGGUUUUUAAACUCUGCAGUUGCCGACUUGCUGACAACCUAUUUCCAGGAAAUUCUUGAACACUCUCUUAAAGCAGAAGACGAUUACCUUGGAAGACGGAUAUUCACCUGUUCAACAUUUCAUUAUUCUGGAUACGCCCGGUGAUUACUGGCAUUCUGUAUUUGCCUUUGCUGCCAAGUUUUCACUAGUUCUUUGUAUGUAAGCAGUUUCAAUGAAAGUACUUAGUUUCAUAGCAUGAACCUGAACUUGUUGUGUACUCUCUCAUCAUGGCUAUCAUUCUGUAUGCUUCAAACCAUUUACACUGUGGUCUGUUAAGACACAUUACCUGCACACAGUUUUUUUUUAAUAGUUUUGAUUUCAUCUGUGGCUUUGACUGGUGUUAAGAAUCUUUUGUUAACCCUUCUAAAUCAUUUUCUCAGAACUACUGCAGUUUGAAUUCCCUGAUGAGCGAUCGUUAUAAUUUACUGCUAGUGGAACAAAUUUCUAUGGGCAAGAUAUUUUUUUAACACUGGGAGUUACAGGUAGCCCUUGAUUUACAGCUAUUCGUUUAGUGACUGUUCAAAGUUAAAAAAAGCACUGUAAAACAUGACUCAUGACUCGUUUUCACACGAUCGUUGCAGCAUCCCCAUGUCACGUGAUCAAAAUUUGGGCGCUUGACAACUGGCAUGUAAUUAUGAUAGCUGCAUUGUCCAAGGUCAUGUGAUCACCAUUUGUAACCUUCCCAGCUAGCUUCUGACAAGCGAAGUCAAUGGGGGAAGCCAGAUUCAUUUAACGACCACAUGAUGCACUUAAUAGCUGCAGUUAACAUGGCCCUCAUUCAUUAAUGGCUGUCACCAAUUGCUGCUGCUUUAAAUUUACUCCAAGGACUCAAAAUGCCACAAUGGCAUUUGUCAUUUUGUCAGUGCAGAUAGAUCAAUGUAGCUGUUGUCUAAGACAAAAAGAAACUCCAUUUGUCUCAAGACAUAUAUAGAUGGUAACAGCUACAUUGUUUAACUAUAUUUGCCCUAUAGUAGAAAUUGAUAUCUAUUGGAAUCUUUAUGCUGAAUGCACAUCUAAUAAAUGUAUUCUGAUCCUGGUUCAGCAAUACAUUUUCUGCAAAUAUUUAGCAUACUUAAGCAUAAAGUCAUGUGAGAACAUACCUCCUUUGCUAAAUCAUAAGAGACCUGCAGAAUCAAAGUCUGCAUAGCAUUUUAUUACCUCCAGUUGUCAGCUAAUGUCUUUCGAAUGAUGAAAUAAAUUUUUCUGUUAGUGUAUGCAUUUGACAUACUAUGAUGUUCUAUGCCAGAGUUCCCCAAUGUUUCCAGCUAUGUGGACCGGUGUGGGGGGGGGGAGAAGAGGGGAUGGUUCUGUGCAAACAGCUGGCAAGCAUGCGCAUGAAUGCAGCUUUAUUUGCAUGAAUGGCGUGUAUGCAUGCCUGCUGCUCAUGCAAAUAGGGCACGCACACACAUGCUCACCCACUGCUCGCACAAGUGAGGAUGUGUGUGUGCUCGCCAACUGUUUCCAGGGCCCAGAUGCAAUCCCCACAUGGUCCACUAGUGAGGACCCCUAAGUAUGCCACUAACUCAAACCUAUUCUAGAGGCCAGAGUACUUGGGUUUAAAGAAAAGCAGCGCAACAAGAAAUAUAAAACAACACAAUACAUAUGAGAGAACAAAUAGGCAUGCAUGUAGAAUUAGUAAUUAAUUCCCAUUAAUUACUAUUUAGAGUUAAUACCAUUUAAGAGUUCCAAAAUAUAAGCAACCAACUAUGGCUCUCAUAUUUGUUAACAUUUUCUUGUAUUUUUUUAAUCUUGUAAAACAUUUGUUUUCUCGUAUGUUUUAUUAUUUAAUAUUUUUAUGUAUUACCAAUAGGAAUAUUUCCAAUAUUUCCAACUAUUACACAGUUGUCAGAGUUUGUAAAAACAAGAGUGAAUGAAGGAUCAUACAAAUAUAUAUUGGGAAGAACUGUAUCAUAUUUUAUACUUUUAUUAUAAAAUUUCUAAUAAACCAGGAACAAAAAGAAAA